UCGAGUCGAGCCCACCAAGUUGCGCCCAACAAGACUAGAUACCUCCACCUCAAGGCCUUUCGGAGGCCUUCUAGUGCGACACGCUGGGAGAACUUCGCGAACCGGACCGAUCUCUUCACCUCCUUUUGAAAGGGUAGCUCGUCGCCUGCAUUCGUACUGCUAAUAGUAACGUGGCUGCGUUGCGGGAUGAUGCACCGGCGCGCGUCGGAAUGGAAACAGAUGAGACUUUUGACACAGCAGCGGCAGACGGAGGCUGGAGACACGAACAACGGGCCGCAGCAGGCGCCGGUGAGCCUCUCCCCCCGGAGCUAGCGCAAUGGCGGGAGUCGGAACCCGCCCAGCCAGCAUCUUUUGUUCCGCCGGACAGAGGCGGGAGACACGAACAACAGGCGCCGGCGGGCGGUGAACCUCUCCCCCCGGAGCUAGCGCAAUGGCGGGAGCAAAAGGAAUCGCUCCAAUGGAUUGGCCCGUCAGCGCAGCCGGCGUCAGCAUGGCUCGCGCGCACGUGGACACAACCGCAACAGCCGCAACAGCCGCAACAGCCGUCGUUGGUGCGGCAGCAGCAGCAGCCAAUGCCGCCGCCGCAGCAGGACCACGAGCCGCCAAGACAGGAUCUGUCGAAACGAGCCGGACUUCCACAACAAUUACCGCGCGCCGAUUCGUUGCGCCAGCAGCCGCAGCUGCCGGAGCUGUCUUGGGGAGAGGGAGACAGCGGCGGGCGCGCGGUUCGUUUCGGCGAUCCCGGGUCGCUGGGCUUCCGCGUGAUGUUUCUCGAUCGCCGCGAUCGCAUCGUUUCGCCGUGGCACAACAUCCCGCUGUACGGCGAGAACAGCUGGCUCAACUGCGUUUGCACCACGCCCUCGGGAAGUUGGGUAAAACACGACUUUGCCCCCGAGGAAUACACCCCGCUGCGCGUCCCUCCGAAGGGCGGCGACCCGUCGCACUUCCGCGACAACGCCACGUGGAACCUCGGCCUCCUGCCGCAGACGUGGCAAGAUCCGGAGGAGCCCGUCGAGGGAUUCGCGGGAAUGACUGGCUGCGGCGGGCCCGUGGAGGUGAUAGACGUUUCGGGCGGGCUGCCCGCGGAAUUAGGGCAGGUGUACACGAUUAAGCCGCUGGGGGUGAUUCCGGUUGUGCGGGAGGGUGGGUUGGCGUGGGUGGUGGUGGGAAUUGGCACGGGGGAUUUGUUGGCGAGCCUGGUGAACCACGUGGAUGACGUGUACGCGCUGCUGCCGGGGACCAUGGAGGCCGUCAUGCAUUGGCUCGCCAUCUGCGACGCCACUGAACCCGGCGAUCGCCAGGCGUUGAUAGCCACUGACGACAGCUUUGGCACGGAGAAGGCUCUGGAGGUGGUGGCUGAGGCGCACGCGGCGUGGCAGCUGUUCCUCCACAGCAAUGUUCAGCCGGAGCCCUGGCGGCCGGACCUAGACGUCUUCUCCACCCACGUGCUGCAGGCCUGCUGGCGCAAAUACACGGACGGCCAGAGCACCGUGGCUCUCCCUGUGUCGUGUGAGCGGCGGGAGGAGCGCCUUACUGGAGAUGCUGAUAGCGCGGAUAAGAGUUUGGAGGGUGGUUUGAUGGGGUUGGAUUCGGUUAGUGGAGGUAUGGGGGGUGAGGGGGGGAGUCAGAGCUGGGUGGAGAGCCCUGCGGGUGUGGAGAAGGGUGUGGCAGCAGCAGCAGGGUCUAGGCGGGGUUCUGAGAAGGUGCCAAGGAGCAAAGGCGGAAGGCUGGGUAGAACAUCACCGUCGGCCGUAGCACCUGCUGCUGUUGCUGCUGCUCCCUCUGCUGCAGGAGCAUCUGAAACCGCAGCAGCAGCGGCGGCGUCUACAGCAACAGACGCAUGUGCCACCACCACUGCCAAGGGCUCGAACAAAAUGAGCUUCUUUAGAUCCCGCCUCCCCAGCCUACCGCCUCCCCCGCCGCCAUCCCACUUCGAAGACGUCCUCUCAGCAUCAGCGUCAGCGUCAGCCGCAUUUGCAGCGAGACACCCCAGCAGCCUGGAAGGAGGCGGCGGGGGGCACGGGAACAAGUUCCGAGCCUGGAGCCCUCUAGGUUUGGUCCGAUCCAAGUCCCCUGGCAGCCAGAGCAAGGCGUCAGGAAUGACCAGCCCGAUUUUCGGAGGUCUGGGGAGACACAGUGCAGGCAGUCAGUCGCCUGUGGGUGGUAGACCACCCAGCAGCCCGUCUCCCGGGGGUUGUAGACCACCAAGCAGCCCAUCUCCCGCGGGUGGUAGACCACCCAGCAGCCCAACUCCCGCGGGUGGUAGACCACCGCUCAGCAGCAGCAGCAGCGCGUCGCCAGGGGGACAGAGGGGGCGGCCCACUAGGUCUCCCAGGGAGAGGGUUCCGCCCAUGUCUCCCAGGGGAGGUUCUGCUGGCGCUGCAGUGUCAGCUGCUGGGGACGGGGUGUGGGUAAGCGGUAGUGCGGUUGGCUGUGGUGCUGCUGUGGCUGGUGGUGCUUCUGGUGCAGCUGAUUUUGAGGCUGCUAGGGUAGAUGGUGAUGGUGCCACUUCAGCAGUUGCUGCCACUGCUGCUACCGCUGCUGCUGCUGCUGCUGCUGAAUCCGGGUCUGCUUCUGGAAGUGGUGGCAGCAGUGGUAGGAGCCGGUCCCUGCAUCGCAUGGUGUCUCCCCGAGGGCUGCGCCUGCCUGAGCUGCCCAAGAAAGGGCUUCACUUGUCAGAAAUGGCCAAGACAGGCCUGCACCUGCCUGCCGUGUCCCCCCGCGCGCUGCACCUGCCAGAGGUAGUGAAGAGAGUUAUGGGCGGAUUGACUAGCCGGACUGCAAGCGAGGAGCAGAGCGAAGGCAGUAACCAAGGUGGGGACACAGUCUCGGACACAAACAGAGGCAAAAACCGUGAGGAGGGAGGUCUGUUGGUAGCCCAGUCUAGGGAGGCAGAUGCUGGGAAGAGCUUGAAUGCUGGUGAGCUUGAGAGGUUAGUCGUGGGGCUGGUAGAGGGGGACGAUCCGUACUGUGCACGGUCCAGAGAGGGAGGUGCUGGGAACAGGAAUCUUGGUGAGGCUGAGAGGCUGCGUCGGCACCGCAGUGAGAACCAGUCUGCUUUUGAGAAACUGUCCCAGAUAUGGCCCGGGCAGGGGGGAGGUCCCGAGGUUGAGAUGCUGCUGGUGGGGCUGCUAGAGGGGGGAGAUCCGCACACAGCACAGUGCAGAGAGGGGGGUGCUGAGUUGAGAGAGGGGGUUGCAGGCAACAGCUUGAAUGCUGGUGAGGGUGAGAGGCUGCUGGUGGGGCUGGUAGAGGGCGGGGAUCCACACACUGCGCAGUGCAGAGGGGGGGGUGCUGGGAUCCUGUAUCCUGGUGAGGGUGGGAGGUUGCCUCGGCACCGCAGUGAUAAUCUGUCGGGGCAUUACUCAGCGUACUCGCACGCGCUGCUGACUCCACUGAAGGGCGGCGGUGGAGGAACAGGCGGAUUGGGCGCAGCAGAGAGAGCAGGAGCUGCAGAAGGAAGAGCAGUAGCAGAGGGAGCAGGCUCAGCAGCGGAAGCAGCUGCAGCAGAAGACUUUGUGCCGAUGCCGGUAGCACAAGGGCCAGGAGCAGGAGCAGCCGUAGCAGCAGUAGAGUCCGGCCACUGUAAUGUGGCAUUUGAGGGCGCAAUUAUGGGGGGCGCAAUAAAGGGGAAUCUGCCCCAGGAAGGAGGGCAGCGUGGUUAUAAAUCCGAGGUUCCUCAUUCUGUGACUGCACACCUGGCAUUUUCGGUACACGGGAAAGCCUCUCCUAAGGAAAAACACGCCGGUCUUGUAGAUAAGCAGGCCUUUCCUGCUGCUGUGGACCACAGGCAGGCCCAGAGGCAGAGAUGGAUGCAGCAACAAUAUCAGCAGCAUCAUCACGAGCAGCCGAAUCACAAGCAGCAGCAGCAGCAGGGCGACUGUAGAGCUCCUUCAACAGCACUGGCCGGCAUCUUUCGGCGCACUGUCUCCGCCCCGCGUUCCUCCCACCGUCCAUCCCAGGCCUCCACCACUCCCCUCCCUGCUCCCCGCCCCGCUCCUCGUUCCCCACCCGCCUUGCCCAACGACCCUCAACCCUCCCAAUCGUGUGCCCCUGCCCAUCGCCGCUCCUUCUCUUUCUCCGGAUCAGACAGUUUUGACCUAAGUGACUUGAGCGCUGACCUAGCUGGCUUGAGCAUGGAGGUAGCUGACUCCAAGUUGGAGAAUGCUGACUCAAACUUGGAGAGUUCUGGCUCGAAUUUUGAAGUCUCCGGCUCUGCCACUCAUGCUGACCCUGCUUUGCACUCUCGAGCCGUUUUUCCUGCAUCCAACGCGGGAGGCCUGCCGACGCAGAUGCUGCAAGCACUAACCUACCAGCAGCGUCAGCAGCUGCAGCAGCAGUUUCAGCAGUAUCAGCAGCAGCAGCAGCUGCAGCAGCAGCUGCAGCAGUAUCAGCAGCAGCAGCAGCAGUUUCAGCAGUAUCAGCAGCAGCAGUUUCAGCAGUAUCAGCAGCAGCAGCAGCAGCAGCAGCUGCAGAGUUGGAUGUACGAGCCGCAUCAUUUACCAUAUAGACUGCAGCAGCGGCAGCAGCAGCAGCAGCAUCACCAGCAUCAGCUCCAGCAGCAGCAGCAGCAGCAGCAGCAGCAGCGGUGCCUAGAUUUCACCCAACCUCUUAGCCUGCCUCUGCCAGAGCGCCAGGGAGGCGGAUGGGGCAGCGAGGGAAGGGAGGGAGGCAGACCAGCAGCUUUGGAACGCCUUGGUGGUUUUGAUGGCGAGUGUAGGCCGGAUUUUCGUGGUGGUGGUGACAGGUGCAGUGGCAGCAGCAGCAGCAGCAGCGGCGGCGGUGGAGGCGGCAGUGGUGGCAGACGCAAAGGGGAUGAGCGGGUGGGAGGGUGUAGUUUGGUCGGUGGCGAGGCCUGGAUUGCCCAGCAGCUUGUGAGAGGGGGAAGCAGUAACUUUGAGGCUGCAAGAAGCACGAGUGAGGAGGAGAGGGAGGAGGAUUUGAGGGAGUUGGAUGUGGGUAACCUGGUGAUGAGGCGGAGUAGCAGCGAGGGGCGAGGAGAUGCAGUGGGGGAGCCGCAGGGGUUGAGGGGUGAGGGGGAGGAGGGAGGGCAGGAGGCGGAUCUGAGGGACUUGGAUGUUGUGGGCUUGGUGCUGAGGGGCGGAGGAGGGGGUUCAGGAGGAGAGAAUGCUGCGUUGGAUGUGCUUAGCGGGGUGCAAGAGGGAGAGAUGGUAGGGGAGCAGCAUGGGCACCUGGGACAGCAGAUGCAGGGGAGGCAGCUGGUGCAACAGAGGCAGCAGGAGUGGCAAGAGCAGCGGCAAUGGCGGCACCAUCAGCAGCUGUUGCAGCAGUUUCAGAAUCAAUGGUGGUGGCAGCAGCAGCAGCAGCAUGAGAAGCCAAAACAGCAGCAGAGACAGGAGCAGAAACAGCAGCAGAGACAGGAGCAGAAACAGCAGCAGCAGCAGCAGCAGCAGCAGCAGCAGCAAAGGCUGCCACAGCCAUGCUUUGACUACACCAACCCACGGCCCAGCAUGCAGACUGCUCCGUACAAUCCCACCCAGCCCAACAGAGACGCCGGGACACCUACAGGCACCGGCACAGAGGCAGGGGGAGAGGCGGGUCAGCUAAGGCGCAGUCAGACGGAGGACUGGGGGGCACACGGGGCUCUUGAGUCGACUCAAAAGGAGAUUGAGGACUGGAGAGCACACGGGGCGAUGGUGGGUGAGGCAAGGGGGCAGUAUGCCAGUGCUGGUGCUGGCAGGUUUGGAAGCAACAGCGCAGUGGCAGCAGCAGCAGCAGGCGGAGAUGGAGUGGCAGAGGGAGGAAAGCUGAGGCGCAGUCACACAGAGGACUGGAGGGCGAACAGGGCGUUGGUGCGUGACGCGAGGGGGCAGCAUGAGCAGCGCGUUGGACAGGCUUUUGGGCCGCCUGCUGAAGGGCCGUCUGGCCGGCCGUUUGAAGGGGCUUUUGGGCGGCAUGUUGAAGGGGCUCUUGGGCGGCCUGUUGAGGGGCAUUUUGUGCGGCCCUCAGAUGAACGGCCGCCAGAAGCUGGGUUCGCUGCUGCUGCUGCCGGUGCUCCCGCUGAUGCUCUUAGGUUUGGGUUUGGGAGCAGUGGGGGAGCAGCAGGAGGAGCAGAGGCUUCAGCAGGUGAGGGAGUCUGUGGCGGAGUGUGGUUCCCCUCUGCUGCGGAGUGUGGAUCAGCGUUGUAUGGCCGCAGCAUGACCCUUGACAGGCAGAGUUACAGGGGCCGGGGCACAGCCAUGGGCAUUGGAAUGGGGAUGGGCACGGGUAUGGGGACGGGUAUGGGCAUGGGUAUGGGGAUGGGCAUGAGUAUGGGUAUGCAGACGGGGAUGCAGAUGGGCAUGCCGAUGGGGAUGCCGGUGGGGAUGCCUCAGUUGGAGCGCAGGCGGACAGUGAGCAGGGUGCAUUUCAGUGAGGACGUGGAUGUGGUCAUGUUUGACGAGGCUGAUGUGGCGUCCGCUGUGCUCCGAAGCUGACGUGGCGUUUGCCAGUCCUGCAAGGCUGACUUGGCGUCUGCCGGUGCUGUGGUCUUAGCGUCUGCAAGCUGGUGUUGCCGCUGAUGGAAAACUAGUGGUGGACGUCACGCUCUUCCACACCACGACAAUAAAUGGCAAUAGUUGUGCCUUCUUGGCGCAAUGAGCCUUAUGUAUAGCAAUGGUUGCUAUACACUAUGCCGUGCCCAGGGCUGACUUUAUCAGACUAUUUACUCUGAUUAGUCUGAAAUCUCAGACCGGUUUUUUGGCUAAACCUGAAUUUCCAG